GUUAGAGAUAGAAUAAUAUUUAGAAAGUUAAUGAAGGAAGUAGGGGUUAAGAAUGGAGGUAGGAGGAGAAAGAAGGAUGUAAAAAGUAAAUUGCGAAAAAAUUUCCAAUCUUCUCUUCGUAAAAAGAGAAUCUGUUUCUCGGCGGACAAGUACUCAGAAGCUUUCCCUACAGCUACUAUUGCAGAGUCGACCAGAGCUGGUAGCUCAGAGUUGAAUCCUGUGAAGCAGCACAGUAGGAACUCUACAAAAGCUACUAGCUAUCUGUCAUCUAAAGCAGAGUGGCCCCUCUGCAAUGUUGGGAUAGAUAUAAGGAAAUUUAUUCGGUUCAACUCACCCACUACCAUCUCUGAGUCUCAGAGAUCUAAAGGCUGGCGCAUCCUUACAAAUUUCAUCUGCAACGAAGAAGAAGAGGAUUUCAAAGACAGUAUUUCUCAGAUUAAGGACUACAACAACUGAAUUCAGGCCUGUAAGACAGUACGGAAGACCAGGGUGAAGUCCCGAGGCAGGAGAGUGUUUAGCUACAAAAACCUUAGCUUUAACAUGCCCCUUAAAGUCUCUAAAUAAAUGCUUUGGGAUGAGUGAGAAUUCGGAAAAAUACAAGAUUCAAGCUAAAAAUAACCAAAUUAUCAAGAAUAGUGCCAAGUUCUCAUCCCUUCUUGGACAAAAUGGUCGAUACUUAAAGGACAAAUCUCAGGAUACAACUAAUGAGGCUAUGACUUCUUUUCCUCAUGAUGAUAAGGAGAACAUUCAGAGGCAGAAUAAGAGUAAAUAUGUUCCUACAAUGCUGCUAAAACUUGCAAAUAAAUCACUAGGGGAUAAGCUAUUGAUCCCAAUUAAGAUAAAAAGAUUAUAAGAGUCAAUAGUCUUGCUGAGGAAACACCUGAGAACCCACUGGAAGAACUUGAACAAAGUAAGACCUAUGAUGCGACAACAAGUGAUAAGUAUGAGAUACCAAGUCGAUACCAGAAGCUGCGUGCCAGAAUCGAUCCUGAUAAAAUAAAGAAGGCAAAGUCUAAGCUUAGAGAGAAAAGGAGCUGAAACUCAAUGACAGACUACCUAGAUUCUAUAAGGCACAAGGCGGUGGAUAUUUAUAAGAAGCCAUCUAUCAUAAAUCAACUGAGAUUUUAA